ACACACACACACAUACCUCUCUCGCUCUCUCUUUCUCUCUCUCACACACACACACACACUAGUGGGUGCCAUGGGGAACCGAGGCAUGGAGGAGCUGAUCCCGCUGGUGAACCGCUUGCAGGACGCCUUCAGCAGCAUCGGGCAGAGCUGUAACCUGGACCUGCCGCAGAUCGCCGUGGUGGGAGGCCAGAGCGCAGGCAAGAGCUCGGUGCUGGAGAACUUUGUGGGAAAGGAUUUUCUUCCCCGUGGCUCCGGCAUCGUCACCCGCAGGCCCCUUGUGCUGCAGCUCAUCAACUCUAAUACAGAAUGGGCUGAGUUUCUUCACUGCAAAGGAAAGAAGUUCACAGAUUUUGAUGAAGUGCGACAGGAGAUCGAGGCCGAGACGGACCGCGCCACUGGAGCCAAUAAGGGAAUCUCCCCAGUUCCUAUCAACUUGAGGGUGUUUUCUCCACAUGUGUUGAACCUGACUCUCAUCGAUCUGCCGGGGAUCACCAAGGUGCCCGUGGGAGACCAGCCUGCAGACAUCGAGCAGCAGAUCCGCGACAUGAUCAUGCAGUUCAUCAGCCGAGAGAGCUGCCUCAUCCUCGCCGUCACUCCCGCCAACACCGACCUGGCCAACUCCGACGCCCUCAAACUGGCUAAGGAUGUGGAUCCUCAGGGUCUGAGGACGAUUGGCGUGAUUACCAAACUGGAUCUGAUGGAUGAGGGCACUGAUGCUCGAGAUGUCUUGGAGAACAAGCUGCUUCCUCUGCGCAGGGGUUAUAUCGGGGUGGUGAACCGCAGUCAGAAGGACAUCGAAGGGAAGAAGGACAUCAAAGCAGCUCUGGCUGCAGAGAGGAAGUUCUUCCUGUCUCAUCCCUCAUACAGACACCUAGCUGACAGCAUGGGUACACCUCAUCUGCAGAAAGCCCUCAACCAGCAACUGACCAAUCACAUUCGGGACACGCUGCCUGCUUUCCGGAGUAAACUUCAAUCUCAGCUUCUCUCUCUGGACAAGGAGGCCGAGGAAUAUCGUCACUUUAGACCUGACGAUCCGUCACGCAAGACUAAAGCCCUGCUGCAAAUGGUGCAGCAGUUUGCCGUGGACUUUGAGAAGCGCAUUGAGGGAUCGGGUGAUCAGGUGGACACGGUCGAGCUGUCAGGAGGCGCCAAGAUCAACCGCAUCUUCCACGAACGCUUCCCUUUUGAACUGGUCAAGAUGGAGUGUGAUGACAAGGAGAUGCGCCGGGAGAUCAGCUACGCUAUCAAAAACAUUCAUGGCAUCAGGACGGGCCUGUUCACUCCAGACAUGGCGUUCGAGGCGAUAGUGAAGAAACAGGUCGUGAAACUGAAGGAACCCUGCAUUAAAUGUAUUGACCUGGUCAUUCAGGAGCUCAUCAAUACAGUGCGCCAGUGCGCUAACAAGCUGGGUACAUUCCCCAUGCUAAGGGAGGAGACGGAGCGGAUCGUCACUUCAUACAUUCGCGAGCGAGAGAGUCGGGCUAAAGAGCAGGUUCUGUUGCUCAUUGAUGUACAGCUCGCAUACAUCAACACCAACCAUGAGGACUUUAUUGGAUUUGCCAAUGCACAACAGCGGAGCAGCCAGGCGAACAAGACGAGUUCUGCCGGAAACCAGGUCAUUCGCAAAGGAUGGUUGACCAUCAACAACAUCAGCAUCAUGAAAGGAGGCGCGAAGGAGUACUGGUUCGUGCUGACGGCCGAGAGCCUGUCCUGGUUCAAGGAUGAUGAGGAGAAAGAGAAGAAGUACAUGCUGCCCCUGGACAACCUGAAGGUCAGGGACGUGGAAAAAGGCUUCAUGUCCAGCAAACACAUGUUCGCCAUCUUCAAUACAGAGCAACGAAAUGUUUUCAAGGACAAUCGCUUCCUAGAGCUGGCAUGCAACACGCAGGAAGAGGUGGACAGCUGGAGAGCAUCCCUGCUCCGUGCUGGUGUUUACCCAGAAAAAUCUUCGGUGGAAAGUGAGAGCUCUGGUACGGCUGAGAACUUCUCCAUGGAUCCUCAGCUGGAGAGAAAAGUGGAGACCAUCCGUAACCUGGUGGACUCUUAUAUGGCCAUCGUCAACAAGUGCAUCCGGGAUCUCAUGCCCAAGACCAUUAUGCAUCUCAUGAUCAAUAAUGUGAAGGAGUUCAUCAAUGCAGAGCUCCUGGCUCAGCUGUACUCGGCUGGGGACCAGAACACACUGAUGGACGAGUCUCAGGAGCAGGUGCAGCGCAGGGACGAGGUGUUGAGGACCCACCACGCACUGAAAGAGGCGCUAGCCAUCAUUGGGGACAUCUCCACCACUACCAUCACCACCCCUCUGCCUCCUCCUGUGGACAGCUCCUGGCUUCAGGCUGGUGCUGGCGGCUCCCGCAGGUCUCCCCCUCCAAGCCCCACUGCCCCUCGCAGAAUGUCCGCAGGUCAGAGGCCAGCCGGCCGGGGCGCUCCUCCUCCUCCAACACGCCCAGGGCCUCUUGGGCCCUUUAACAACAGCGGUGAUAGUCCACAGGUGCCGAACCGCCCGAACCGCGCUCCUCCCAGCAUUCCCAGCCGUCGACCCCCACCUUCCCCUACCAGACAGGUCCCGUAAGCUACGGAUCUAUCAGGAUCCUCUCCUCCUGGACCAAGCACUCACACACUGCUCGGCUCUCAGAAACUGCAUGUCCCAGGCUUUCUCGUCACUGCUCCCAGAUCAUUCCUACACUCUGCCUUGUGUGUGCACAUUCCCCUGCAGUGCUAGUGUCCAUGUUAGCCACGCUUGUCUCGUGAAGUGUCUCUGUGCCUGCGAUCUGAAAUGGCCAAGCAGGACUCACAACGAGUCCUACGCACAAACCCUCUGAUACACACUUGCUUUUUAGUGUCGCCUCUCUAGUCUGUAAAAUCCAUGGUGAUCAUGCUGUGCUUAUACUGAUCUCCGAUCAGUGCAGCGAGGCUCCUCAUUGUGCAUGUUUUGUUUUUAAGAGUAUAUUUUUAUGCGUGUGUGCGUGCUCAGGUGUGUGCAGGUCUUGCUACCUUGCUAUGUUAAUAAUAUUUUUAGUGAAAGUCUGUGUGUGCGUGAUUACAUCACAGUGUCCCCUGAAUGAGAGGUCAGUGAGUAAAAUAGUGUGUGUGUGUGUGUGUGUGUGUGUGUGUGUGUGUGUGUGUGAGAGAAUGAGAGAGUUGGAGUUAAGACCACUCAGGUGAAUAUAUAGUUUAAAACCUUGCUUGCUGUAAUUAUAAACUUUACUAUGCAGCUUUCUAUUGCUCAGUAAGGAUCUCAGAGGAACACAAUUGCAUGACAAGUUAAAGGAAAAACCUAAACAAGUAAGGGAAAAUUGUAAAAAAAAUAAAAUAAAAUUAAUAAUAAUAAUUUUUAAAAAAAUCACACCAGACUCAAGAACAGUGACUUGGAGUGAGCGGAGUGAUGAGUGCCCAUGUUUUCCUUCAUUUGCCUUCCAUCUGAUCUGGUGCAGUUUUUGCAAAUAGUGAGAUCAACAUCCAGACCAAGAUUUAGAUUAUAAGGACAAAUAUUUAGGUUAAGGCUCUGAGUUUUGAUACCAAGAAUAGGUGGUAUAGAACUAAUGUCCCCUAUCAAUACAGAACUCCUGACUAAUGAGACUAAUAUGUUCUUCCAGUGUUUGGUGGGUUUCUUCCAGGUACUCUGAAUUCCCUCCUACAGAUGAAAGGCACAUGCUGCAUGCUGAUUGGUGUUUCCAAAUUGCCCAUAGACUGUGAUUUGCCAAGUAUGUGUUUGGGAGUGCUUGCGCCCCCAGUUUCUUGGGACAGGCUCCAGGUCUCCCAUGACCCUAUAAGAUAAGAACUACAGACAACAGGUGGAUGGGAACCAGGAUUCAGAAUCAGAAUUCAGAGUAAUGAGACCAAGAUCAAUUACAAUACUCCGGGUAAGGAGCGAGAUCCAGACCAGUACUGACCAGUAAGAUUGAGAGGCAGAGAUAUGGAUAAUGAUUUGGUGUAGUUAGGCCAGGAGGAAGACUAAGUAAAUAUACUUGCUUUUAGUCAUGGCUGGCUCAUGUUCAUUUGAUGUGUGGAUUGGGCACAUCCUCAGUAAUUAACACAACGUGCCCAGAAGAUGCAAUAUGCUUAUAAACAGUGGGGGGGCAGUGUAGUCAGUUGGCACAUCAUAAAUGGUGGAAAAUUUCAAGGAGAAGUUGUGCGACCAGGUCCGAAAUUACCCCACAUAUAUGAUGUUUCUUUACCCCUGUACAAAUAUGAAUAUCAAGAGACAAUUAUGAAUAUCAAAACAGAUAGCGGGAAAUAAGUCUUCUUACAUAUUGACUUGGAAACUGAGCUGCUUGAGCGAUGCCAUGGUCAUUUACUUUAAGCAAAACUGUUGGGUUGAAUUCUCCAGGGUGCCCCCUACUGGAAUCCUCUGGUAACAUUUAUUAUGCAGGCAAGUAUAUGAAGAUAUGUUUAAAUAUAAGGCAUGGUGUAACAGUAAGUAUAACUCAGGCUAAAUAAUUUGCUGUUAUCAGGAAUUCAGUAUCAGAAAUUUCAGAAUUGUUAGAUACUCAUCUAGACCAAGAUUAAGUGUAAUGUGACUUUGACAAACCAAAAAUCGAAGCAAUCUAUUAUAAACGAAAUCAGGCCAAGACUUUUUGAAUCGGAUCGAAACCAUGAGAUCUUAACUCCAGCUCUGGUGCGUACGUGUUAUGCGAGUUGAUUCAUUGUGUGCAUGUUAUGUCAGUUUAAUCAGCGUGUUUGUUCAUGUGUUUUUGCUGUCUAUGAUCGGCACUAGCUCUGAUGUUAAAACGACCCUUACCUCAUCUAGUUGUUAUUCUGUCAUAUGUAUAUAUUUCAUAUAUAUAUAUGUGUGUGCCUGUGUCUUUAAGACUGUCUGGUCUAAAGACAGGCUGAUUAGCAAAUCCUGGGACUUACGUAACCUUCCAGCUGAACAGACAAAUGUACAAACAUCACAUCACAAGAGCUUGGUAAAAUACACUAUCCUCUCUGCUAUACAGUAACUGUGCAAUGUGGCAAUGUGUGUUUAUUACUUAAAGUAAUAAUAGUGAUUUUUUUUUUUUUUUUUACAUUUUAAUAAGACACUGAAUAAGAAAUCAAUUAUGAAACAGACUGCCAUAAUGUCUUCAGGAUGGAUAUCCAGGAAGAGAGUGAAUAUUAUUUAUGUUCUGAAUGUUUGAAUGUUGUCAGUGAAAUUUUUAACACCGUGUCAAAUAAUUCACCUGUUUUUUCCCAGCAUCCUAUCUGUUCAAAAUCUGCAUUCGUUCCACAGUGGCAGCCCUAGACUUUCAUUACGUAAGAUGAAAAAAGGGUUCAAAAAGAUCAAUUAGAUUAGCACCCGUUGCAGUGGGCAGUUGAUGUGUUGUUUCUGUGGGUCUCUGUCCAUUUAGUGUACUGCCAAGUCAAGCAGGUGAUUAUGUUUGUACUUGAAAUCUGUUUUUGUUCUUAUCGUCUUUUACUGUAUCUCAGAAUUCUGAUUCAUUCAUAAUACUAUAAUGGCGUGAAUAAAUCUGUAUUGCCAAAGCUAGUCAUAAAAUCAAUCAAUAUACAAUAUGCAACAGAACAUUAUAGUGUUACACACAUACACCCACAUAUAUACAUAUAUAUAAAGAAAUAAUAUCGUUCACUGGAGGAAAUCUCCUCCGUUUUGUAAAUGUGGUUCUUUUGAGGGAUAUGUAAACUGUAUUGGUGAUGAUAUUCCUUAUGUAAUUCAAUAAAACGUGUUGCAGACAGUUA